CCCGGAGGCCAUCCUGUCCCCUAAGUGGUGGCAAUGGGUGCGGAAGUUUCAAAACAGGAUUUCGUUGCUGGUGCUAGAUGAGGUUCACUGCUUUACAAAAUGGGGUCUUACAUUCAGGGAGGAGUACCUCCGGACCACAUCUUUGACAUCCAGGCUGGCAUGCCCUAUAAUGCUUCUUACAGCCACGGCAACAAACAGAAUGGUCACAGAAAUACUUCAAAACCUGAAUCUCCGCAGGGAAGAAGUAGAAAUAUUCGCCGCUAUUCCCAACAGACCAAACAUUCAUCUAUCAGUGGUUCCGGUGAAGGACAAGUUUGAAGCCAUUGGAUGGUACUUGGAUGAAUUAAAGGAGAAGGGUGUCGAUGCUGCAAAAACCAUCAUUUAUGCACGACAAAUCGACCACGUUGCUGAACUCUACACAUGGCUCAACGAAAGCCUCGCCGAGUCCGCCCAUGCUCCAGGACCAGGGCAGUCUUGCAGUGUGGAAAGUAGACUGAUCGAAAUGUACCACGCAUCAACGGACUCAAAGAGUCAGGAACGAAUAUGUCGUAACUUUUCCACCGAAGGUUCUAAGCUGCGCUGCGUUGUAGCAACAAUAGCAUUCGGUUUGGGUGUCGACAUCGCCGACAUUGAUCAGGUUAUCCACUGGGGAUGCCCUAGUGAUGUCCUCUGCUAUUGGCAAGAAACAGGCCGAUGCGCGAGGGAUGGAAGACCCGGAAAAGCCAUUAUGUAUCUGCCACCCUUUUCAGUCAACAAGAGAUGGGUUGAUGAAGACAUGAGGGACCUUGUCCAAUCAUCCCGCUGCAUCCGGAAAUCGGUGUUGAACACGCUCUUCGUGCAUGGCAUGGAAAAGGACAAUGUACAGGUGAUGUCAUGCUGCUCAGUUUGCGACAGUGCUAAGUAAUACGGGACCCAUAGCAUGUAUCCAUUUCUAUGAGUCAGUGCACAAUUUAACACUGCGACGCUGUGCAUCCAUUCUCGUAGAAAGUGCUUUCAGCUUUUUACCAAGGUUCUUUGGAUUUCGCAACACCUCUUUAUGGUCGAACCCUUCAAAGCCUUUGUGUUGUCUGAAGGGCAAGUAUUCAAACAGUCCAAAUCCAUCGUUCUCAUCCACAAACAAUGCAACAUCUUGUUUGUAUACAUCCUCUGCUUUCUUCCUAGUUGGCGUCUUCAUGGAGACGAUCCCGGCAUCACUGAACAUGAUAUCCAGGUACCUACCAAAUGGUCCUGACAUCUUGGCACAUCUCUGCGCGUGUUUCUCAGUCACAUUUCCAUGAGCGAAGUCGAUCAUACCUGCAAAAAUUGAUACA